CACUCGCGAGUCGACUCAUCACACCUUCGUCACGUUCCGCUUCAGUAUUGUGAGAUUUUACACACAGGGGCUUUUUUCUGACUGCCUAAGCCUGCUGUAUAUGAUCUUCUGUGUUGGAGCUGCGCAUGUAAACUUGAUGAUGACAGCCUGAAAGCAAGAAAGAAGGAAAGAAAAAAAAGAAAGAAAGACUGACAGCACGCACCUUUUAGAAAGCUGUCAAACCGGCUGGACUCGCCGAGACCCCGGAAGCGUGCGAGCAAAGCGAGGGAUGGAAGUGCUUCAUUUGUCUUCUGGUGGUUUCCGAUAAAAGCUUACAUUCUUUCUCCUUUAUUUCUGAUACAUAUAGUUUAAAAGGGUUGCGUGAACAGAAUGGCCGCUUCUGCUAUCUUCAUCCUGGACCUGAAGGGAAAGGUGCUUAUAUGUCGGAAUUACAUGGGCAAGGUUAACAUGAGUGAGAUCGACCACCUCAUGCCUAUCAUGAUGAAGAGGGAAGAGGAUGCAGAACUAUCACCUGUAGUGUGCCAUGGCUCCAAUCACUUCUUGUACAUCAAACAUAGCAACAUUUACUUGGUAGCAAUAACUAAGAAGAAUACCAAUGCUGCUCUUGUGUAUUCCUUCCUGUACAAGAUAGUGGAGGUUUUCACUGAAUAUUUUAAGGUUGUGGAGGAAGAGAGCAUUCGCGACAACUUCGUGACUGUCUAUGAGCUAAUGGAUGAGGUCAUGGAUUUUGGGUUCCCUCAGACCACAGAUAGCAAGAUCUUGUUGGAGUACAUCACCCAGCAAGGGCAUAAACUGGAGGUGGGUGCCCCACGUCCCCCGGCAACCGUCACCAAUGCUGUUUCCUGGAGGUCCGAGGGCAUCAAAUACAGGAAGAAUGAAGUGUUUAUGGAUGUCAUUGAGUCUGUCAACCUACUGGUCAGUGCUACAGGCAGCGUCCUGCGCAGUGAGAUUCUGGGCUGCAUUAAACUGAAGGUUGUUCUCUCUGGAAUGCCUGAGCUGAGGCUAGGCCUCAAUGACAAAGUGCUCUUUGAAAUCACAGGCAGAGAGAAGAGCAAGUCUGUGGAGUUAGAGGAUGUGAAGUUUCAUCAGUGUGUGCGACUCUCUCGCUUUGAGAAUGACCGAACCAUUUCCUUCAUUCCCCCUGAUGGAGAGAGCGAACUCAUGUCUUACCGCCUCAAUACCACCGUGAAACCCCUAAUAUGGAUUGAAAGUGUGAUUGAGAAAUUUUCCCAUAGCCGAGUUGAGAUCAAAGUUAAGGCCCGUAGCCAGUUUAAGAGCCGAUCCACUGCCAACAACGUGGUUAUCCUAGUGCCUGUGCCUAGUGACGCUGACUCACCCAAAUUUAAGACCAGCACAGGCCAUGCCAAGUGGGUACCUGAGAAGAGUGCUGUGGAGUGGACCAUCAAAUCCUUUCCAGGAGGAAAGGAGUACAUAAUGAGAGCGCAUUUUGAACUGCCGAGCGUGGAGAGCGAUGAACAAGAGGCAAAAAGGCCAAUCACAGUGAACUUUGAGAUCCCUUAUUUCACAGUGUCUGGUAUUCAGGUCCGAUACUUAAAGAUAAUUGAGAAGAGUGGCUACCAGGCAUUACCAUGGGUGCGAUAUAUUACGCAGAGUGGAGAUUAUCAGCUAAGGACAAACUGAACGUCUUUGUGCGAGCGGUGCAGGUUCGCACACGAAGCGUUGACCUUCUGUCUGCUUCGCCUCUGAAAAGGGGAGACAAAAAGAGACAGAGACAGUGCAGUGCUGUUCUCACACUGCAGUCAAGCAGUUAUGGCCUAUUUCUCUUACGCUUUGUGGGUGUGCGUGUAUUUUGUGUGUGUGUGUGUGUGUGUGCUCAGGUAUGUGAAUGAAUGAAUGAAUGAAUGAAUGUGUGAAUAAAUGUGUUAAAACGAAUAAUGAACACAAAACUAACAAAGUAGUCCACGUGAUAUUGUUUCAUGUGGGACUGAUCACUUUGUUUAUUUUGUAAUUUAAUUCAUUAAUAAAUGUCGACUGUUACGUU